UGACUGCUUCUCUUUCCUUCUUCAAAAGCAUUUCCAUUUGCAAUAUCCGCGUGGAGUUUUUCUAUUUCUUUUCUACUUCUCUUCCCUCCUGCUCUUUCAACUUCUUACCAGUUUAUGAGACAAGUGGUAUCGGAAAACGCUGCCGUAAUGGACGCAAAGCACAAAAGUUUAAAACCGAAACUCGAUCGCCGGAACGCCGUCAAGAACAUCGACUACGACGCGUCGUAUUCUUCUUAUUCUUCUUCUUCUUCUUCGUCUAAUUCCUUCUCUAUGGAUGACUCUACUCACGGAACUCGUUACCUCAAUUUAGAUCCUAAGACUAGCUUUCGGAUAAAAGGAAUCGAUGGUGAAUUCGACCUUAUUUGCCAGACUUUGGGUUUUUCUGGUCCUGAAGAUUUUGCUAUUCCUACAGCAGUUUGGGAAGCUCAAAAAGCUCGUCGUUCUUCCUUCGAUAGUGGCUUGCGUUUGCAUAAUUCGGCUUUGCCCGACGGUUUAUCGGCUCAAUUUGAGACUAAAUUUAUGCUUAGUAAAGCUAAUGCUGGUUUUGAGCGAGAAAAUUUGGGUUCUAAGUUGAAUAAUUGUUUCCAUUGUGAUAAAGAUCAUCCGGUUUCUUUACAGCUAAGUGGAAAUGGUUCCAGUGAUUUUAGUAAAAGAAAAGGCGAGUUUUCUAAUUUGAAGAACGAGUCGAAUUUAGCUGAGUUCGUAAAGGGAGCUGGAUUUGAGCGACGAGGAGUUAGUGUGAGGUCUGUUAGAGGCCUUGAAAGUGGUGGAGGGAUUAAAGGUGAGAGACCGCCGGUUUUAGCGCCGCCACCGGCGAGGUUACUGCCGCCGGUGGUUGAUAAUGUGAGUUCUACUUGGGAUAUAUUGAAAUCUUUUGCUCCUCAAGAUGAUGAAGAUUCGGAUUCUUUGAUUAAAGCUAGGGGUAUAAGCUCUUCCAAUGAAAGUAAUAGAGUGAUUGACGAGAACGAGGUGGAGGAGGAUAGUGAUGCAUAUGAAGGGAGAGCACAAAUGAAUGAGGCGAGCGCAGCAGAGAAUAGAUUUCUCAAUGAACCUUGCUUGUCUCUGUCAAAUGAUGACGGUGGUAGCAACUGCGGGGAUGAUAAUGAAGAUAAUACAAUUGUCGCUGUCAAUAUUAUGGAGCCGGUGCAUUGUAUUUCUCCGAAUGGGAAAUUCAAAAGAAAUAUAUAUUCCUGGCAAAAGGGUGAGCUAUUGGGGAGUGGAUCUUUUGGAACAGUGUAUGAAGGGUUCACAGACGAUGGAUUCUUUUUUGCUGUAAAGGAGGUUUCUUUGCUGGAUCAAGGAAGCCAAGGGAAGCAAAGCAUUUUACAACUUGAGCAGGAGAUUUCUCUAUUAAGAGAGUUUGAACACGAGAAUAUAGUUCAAUAUCUUGGAACAGACAAGGAUGAAGCUAAGCUUUACAUCUUCCUUGAGCUAGCAACAAAGGGUUCACUUGCAAAGCUUUAUCAGAAGUACCGUUUGAGGGAUUCCCAAGUCUCUGCAUACACAAGACAAAUUUUGAGUGGUUUAAAAUAUCUCCAUGACCAGAAUGUGGUUCAUAGGGAUAUCAAAUGUGCCAAUAUAUUGGUGGAUGCAAAUGGAUCUGUAAAGCUUGCAGAUUUUGGAUUGGCAAAGGCAACUAAAUUCAAUGAUGUUAAAUCUUGCAAAGGGACUGCAUAUUGGAUGGCCCCAGAGGUUGUUAAUUUAAAGAAUCGUGGCUAUGGACUUGCAGCUGAUAUAUGGAGCCUUGGAUGUACCGUGUUGGAGAUGUUGACUGGUCAACCCCCAUAUUCUCACUUGGAAGGCAUGCAAGCACUGUUUAGGAUUGGCAAGGGGGAACCUCCUCCUGUUCCAGAUUCCUUAUCAAGAGAGGCCCGAGAUUUCAUCCUUAAGUGCUUACAUGUCAAUUCAAAUAAUCGGCCUACAGCAACUCAGCUGUUGGACCAUCCGUUUGUGAAGAGACCACUUCAUACUUUCUCGAGCCCCUCUUCUCCUCAUUUCAGCGGCUUAAACUCAUGAAAAAUUUUGAUCAACCUGAAGCUAAUGUGUUGAGGAUCAUGCAGACAUGACACAUGCGUCAGAACAUCGCUGGAUGUCAUAUAAGCCAAAAGAUGCAUUCCACAUCUACCUUGUGGGUGAAAAUAGACUCCUGGAGGGGAACACAUGGGCGCAUUGGCUUCAUAAUUGAGCUCCUGGCAAAUUGUUUCUCUUUUUUGUUAAAUCUUUCAUUGUUGUAAUUUUGUAGCAUCAAUUAUCAUUUACCAAAUAGAAGGUUAGCGAUUCUGCAUUAACCUAUUUUUCCCUUUUUGGGAUAGCAGCAGUCAGGUCGUUGAGUAAUUGUAAAUAUAAGAAAAAAAAAAUGUAAAUAUUGUAUUGUAAAAAGAGAAAUAACAGAGAAAAAUAGCUAUGAUUUCUCUUUUUUUAGCUUUGUCA